GUUGGUGGGUGGGAGAGGCUGGAAAUGAAUGGGCAUGGAGGGGAAGAACAAACUGCUUUUGAGAUAGGGUUCGUAGUUCCAAAGAAAGCUGUGGAACAAGAGGAUGAGAAAUAUGAUUGUGUGGAGGUUCUGGUCGAUGAGUUCAGGAAGGCGGGACUAAUAGUUGAUAGAGUUGUUGGCCUGAAUGAUGAAUUUAUCAAGUUGGCAGCGCCUUUGGAGACUUUGGGGAAAGCUGCAGCUGAGUUGCAAUUGAAAAAAAGAACCCACAUUGGAGUGGAUUUACAGUUUGAGUGGGAUGGGGCUGAAGCCUUUGUCAGGCAACCUGAUGGUUCAUUGUUUAGUUGGUGUGAGCGUUUCCACAGCUACCAGCGCAUAAUAAACGGGAUUGUGAAUAAGAGCAAGUUCGUUGUAACAUUAAAGUCUAAUAGCAAAGAGGUCCGCUGGGAGCCAAAAGAACCUCUACUUCGGAAAUUGCAAUCCGAUGGCAUUGUUAAAGAAGUCUUUCCUUUACACGAUGAAACAAAGAGGAAGCAGCUUCUAAGAAGUUGGGCUCUGAAAUGGAGGGACUUCACAAAUCAGCCUAUUGAUGAGAUCUGUUCAUAUUUUGGGAUGAAGAUAGCAACUUAUUUUGAUUUCCUUGGGAUGUACACCCGAUGGAUGUUAUUUCCAGCUGCAUUUGGGCUUACCUUGCAGUUGGUUGAUUUCAGAUCAAUGCAGUUUUUGGUUCUUCCUGUUUUCUUUAUAAGCGUUAUAUCAUGGGCUGUAUUAUUUCUCCAAUUCUGGAAGCGUCAAAACUCUGUUCUUUUAGCCAGGUGGCAGAUUAAUUAUCCAGUUGAAACAGAACCUGGAUAUAAAUUUUUGGAAAUGGAGUGGAGAUCCUUCCAGUCCCCUGUGGAACUCAUGAGGAGAUGGGGGAUGGAGAAAUCAAAAGAGAAAGAGGUUUUCCAAAGAGAAGAAUGGUUUGGACAUCUGAUGAGAUUCAGAAAUGAUGCCAUCGUGAUUCUGAGUAUCAUAUGUCUCCAGCUGCCAUUUGAACUGGCUUAUGCUCAUCUGUAUGAGGCUAUUAGAUCUGGUUUUAUGAAGUUUGGGUUGACUGCGGCAUACCUUUUCACCAUUCAGUAUUUUACAAAAAUUGGGGGCAAGAUAUCAGUGAAGCUCGUUAAAUAUGAAAACAAUAGAAGUACUGAAUAUAGAGCUGAUAGCUUGGUUUACAAGGUGUUUGGUCUUUAUUUUAUGCAGUCAUACAUAGGACUCUUUUACCAUGCACUCCUGCACCGCAACUUUACAACUCUUCGCCAAGUUUUGAUUCAGCGUCUAAUUGUGUCUGAGGUGCUGGAAAAUCUGAUGGAAAAUUCUGUACCUUAUCUAAAAUACAGCUACAAAAAAUAUAAAGCUGUUCGAAAGAAGAGAAAAGAUGAGAAAGGAUCAUCAGCAGGGAAGAUCCAGUCCAUGUCUAGGGUAGAGAAAGAGUACCUUAAACCUGCUUAUUCAGCAAGCAUUGGCAAGGAACUUGAAGAUGGGCUUUUUGAUGACUUUCUGGAGUUGGCAUUGCAGUUCGGAAUGAUCAUGAUGUUUGCUUGUGCAUUCCCCCUUGCAUUUGUUUUUGCUGCAUUGAAUAACAUUACGGAAAUCAGAACAGAUGCACUAAAGCUGCUUGCCAUGUUAAAACGGCCCAUUCCUCGUGCUGCUGCAACAAUUGGAGCUUGGUUGAACAUAUUUCAGUUUCUUAUAGUGAUGUCAAUAUGCACCAACUGCCUUCUGUUAGUAUGCUUGUAUGAUGAGGAAGGGGAAUGGAAAAUCUCACCCGGACUUGCAGCAAUUCUCAUCAUGGAACAUGUCCUCCUACUGAUUAAGUUUGGUUUCUCUCACAUGGUCCCUGAGGAACCUGCUUGGGUCAAAGCAAAACGCAUGAGGAACGCAACUCAAGCACAAGACAUGUGCUCUAAGCAGCUUUUGAGGAGCAUUUCAGGUGGUUAAAAGAUGUUCAGUGAAUUGGUGAAAAAUGAGUGACAAGGGAUAUUCUACACGGUGUCAUGUGAACUUUUUUCAAUUCCGCCUUUAAUGUGUAGGCAUCUCACAGAAAAUAUACCAGAGAUAGAAACUGGUGCUGGAAGCAUUUUUGCAGCCAACGAGUUUUGGUAUUUCAAACAAGUUUUUUUGCAUCAUUGUAGAAAAUUGCAUCACAAACUGAGUUUUUGUCUCGUUAACUUGAGAGAACCAAAAAUAUUUAUCAUUGUUUGCGAAAUUUGUAAUUUAUUAGUGGGAUCAUUUUAGAUUUUACAGAUAUAAACCAAACUUUCACAUUAAUGUAGAACCAC